AUGGCGAAGCAAUGUGACUGAAAUUUUAGUUAAUAUUUUGUGUUGUGUGUUUUUUUUUAUAUUUUUAUGUAGUCUUAUAUUUCGACUCUCUUUAUUUUGAUUUAGUACGAAAUUUUUUGUGUUGGACAACGUUUUUUCGUGCCACGAGUGAUACCGUGACUCUGUUCAGAUAUCGUAAAUUUUUCGAGUGUUGUGUGUUGUCUUCUAAAAUCGGCAAGCUGGCGCACAUAUUUUAUGUAUCUGUUCCAGAUUGCUCACAAUACGUUGGCGAGAUGGACAUACAGGAAUACAAGGCUAUGGCGGUCAGCACAGACAGUGGGUUGAACAUGAACAUAAACAACAAUAACAACACGACCAGCAUAAAUAACAACAACAAUGAAGUCAAAUCAGAGAUGCCAGACCCUGAUUACAUCAAGAUGUUCGUCGGGCAGGUCCCGCGAAACAUGGACGAGAACGACCUUCGGCAGAUGUUCGAAGAGUUCGGCAGAGUGCACCAGAUCAACGUGCUGCGGGACAAGAUCACCGGCGUCAGUAAAGGCUGCUGUUUUGUGACGUUUUUCACGCGCAAAGCGGCGUUGAAAGCGCAAGACGCUUUGCACAAUAUCAAAACGUUAAGUGGGAUGCACCAUCCCAUUCAGAUGAAGCCGGCUGACAGUGAAAACAGAAAUGAACGGAAACUAUUCGUCGGUAUGCUGAAUAAGAAGCUAGCGGAGAAUGACGUGCGAGCGCUGUUCGCGGGCCACGGGGCUAUCGAGGAGUGCACGGUGCUGCGCGACGCACAGGGCCAAAGCAAGGGCUGCGCUUUCGUCACUUUCGUUUCUAAACAAGCGGCCAUCGCGGCCAUUAAGUCGCUACACCACAGUCAAACAAUGGAAGGGUGUUCGGCGCCACUAGUAGUUAAAUUCGCGGACACGCAAAAGGAGAAAGAGCAAAAGAAGCUGCAGGCGAUGCAGGCGAGUCUAUGGGGGCUAACGACGCCAGUGGCGCCGACGGCGUACCUCGCGUCCGAGGCGGCGCUGUCGCCGGCCACGCAGCUGCAACUGUUGCAGCAACUGCAGGCCGUCGGGCUGCAACAGCAACUGUUGCAGGGACAGGGCUCUACAUUACUACAAGGUGUUAACUAUCAGGAUAUAGGUUUCAAUGGUGCAGGGCUGAGCGGGAGCGGCGUGGGGGGAGUGGGAGGCGUGGGUGCGGCUGAACAGCUCGGCGGGUUACUCGCGCCAGUGUCGGUACAGAACCUGGCCGCACUGGCCGCCAUAACUCAACCACCAGUGGUGACGCAGUCGCAAGCGGUCGCACCGAUAGCGCCGGCCGCUGCGCCGCAACCGCCCGCUCCGCAGCUAUGUCUUCUCGGGAAGACUAACAUUACAGGGUCGACAGCCGAGCCGCUUGGUUCGGCGUACGCUGCGCAGUUCGGAACGGCGUUCGCGGCAGCGCCACUUGGCUCGGUUCUAGGAUCCGCUGCCGCUGCUGCAGCUGGCAAGCAGGUUGAAGGUCCCGAAGGCGGCAACCUGUUCAUAUACCACCUGCCGCAGGAGUUCACGGACACGGACCUCGCGUCGACGUUCCUGCCGUUCGGCCACGUAAUAUCGGCCAAAGUGUUCAUAGACAAACAGACGAAUCUAUCCAAGUGUUUCGGCUUCGUCUCGUACGACAACGCCGCCUCCGCGCAGGCGGCCAUACAGGCCAUGAACGGCUUCCAAAUAGGUACAAAGAGACUUAAAGUUCAAUUGAAACGUUCUAAAGAACUAUCGAGACCGUACUAGAGAAUUCCAGAACUCGUUCCUAGUGAAUUUAUCAAAAAGAGAAAAUGUUACAAAAAAAAUAAUUAAUUAUACACAGUUGGAUAAGAUGUUGUAAGUAUUCGAACGUUGUUUUGUGAUGCACAUGAACUGAUACUGAGUACGUCGGUGAUGAGCGUUCGAGAACGACAGUCCACAGUGCACAGUUGUUAACUAUUAAGUAUGAGUAAGGUUAAGGUUUGUGUCAAAGGAUUUAUCGUUUCCAAAGUAUUCCCCAAAAUGUUUAUUAUUAUAUUGUAAUAAUAUAAUUAUUUUAUAACUUAUAAGUUGUAGUCACGUUUUACGAUUAAGUUUAAUGGGUUCAGGUAAAGUUUUGAUUGUUUGUAAGACACCAAAGAGCUGUUGGUUGGAUAACCACGGAAUAUGUCAGUGUCAAAAUAGGUACAUAUUGUUUUUGUCGCGGAAAUCGAAUCUUGAUUGCAUUAUCAAGUACCUACCAAAUAAGUAUUUCACUUAGGUUCAUGUAACCGCUAUGUUACUUCUAGAACAAGGAUUAUAUUAUUAUUAUUAUUUUCUUGUUAUUUUGUUCUUUAUUCUAUGUUACCACUUGAUAGUUAAUCGUAUAAAAUUAUAUUCAUUGAUGUGGCCAUUGUCAGUAACAGUCAAGAUUUCCCUCCUUCCUUGUUUGUUUAAAAUUAUAAGAAUUUUAGAAAUAACGUAUGAUGAUCUCAAAGCGAUCAGUGUAUUAAUUGUUUACCAUGCAUGUUGUCAAUAGUGUACUUAAACUGUAAGGGCUCUCGUGAAAUAAGUAAAAAAUUCACUUUGCGUCAAAUAUGUGAAAGUGUGUAGAUAUUUCGAAAGAACAAAACCGUGUUUAGCUAAGGAACAUUACCUUAGUACUUCUACGUAUGUGAUAUUAACAAUAAAAAACAAAAACAUCAAUUAAGACUCAAGUCAAGACAAACAGCAAUGACACAAAAACAUAAUCCAUCAAAAGCUUAUAAAUGUGAUCAUUAAACAACAAUUAAAGUUCAAUUACAAAUACAUUUGAUGAUUUUAUAAUAUCAACAGGAUUAUAAAUGAUUGGUAUUGUGCAAUAUUAUGAAUAUCAUAAUUCAAUAACUUCGUCUAAAUGUCUUCACUGCUAAUAAGUAUGUCAGAUCGACAUGUAUCGUAUUAAUACCUUGAAAUAUCUACACAUUUUUCGUUUAGACUACUUAUUGUGCUUUUUUGUGUAUUUUAACAUUUUAAUUAUUAUCACAGUCAAGAUACAUUUUAAUGUUUAAUUUGUAACACAUCCAACACUGGCCCCUUUAGUCAAACAAAUUUUUGUUAGAGUAAGUAUUUAAUAUUAGAAUAUUUUCGUAAUGUAAGUUUGAUGUUCUAUUGUUUCUUCUAUUUAAAAGAGAACUAUUAUAUUCGUCACCACUGUUCUGUUAAUUGCCACUAGGCAACUGCAAUUCGUUUUUUUUUCUUUGCAAACCUUUUUAUAUGUUACGGAAAAAAUUAACGAACUCUACAAUGUAUAUUUAAAAUAAAAAUAUUUUGGACACGAUAAACAAAAAUGUAAGAUUACGAAUGCGUUUAAUUUUUUUAUUUUCCCAAAAAAACACGUGUUAUUUAUAGAAAUACGUUGAAUAAUAUUUUUUCCGUAACAUUUCAUUACUUGCUUCUACCUAUAGUUGAAGUAUAAACAAAUAUUUUAUUUGUUUCAAAACGAACUCUUAUGUUCUUGUUUAAAAUUUAAAGAUUGUGACCAAAUAGUCAUCUUGUGUUUUCUAAAUGUUAUUUCAUUUUAUUAUUUAAUUAGUAAAGUG